AUGGGGAGCUGCAGACCAGGACAAGAGGUCAUAUGUGGCACCAAAGUGUCGGAGGUUAGCAGUGAGCCAAAAGUAACGCUGAAGGUCCACGUAAGCGAUGCCAGCACGCGUCAGCCAGUAACCGAAGCCUUCAUUGAGAUUUUUACCAACCAGAUCUCCAUUGCAUCUGGAACCUCAGGAGCAGAUGGCACUGCCUUCCUCAAGUUUCAGUAUAAGUUGGGCAAUCAGCUGAUAGUGACUGCUAGUAAACAUGCAUAUGUGCCAAAUUCUGCACCAUGGAAACCUGUAAGAUUGCCUGUGUUCUCUUCAUUGAGUCUCGGCCUUCUUCCUGAACGCUCAGCUACUCUAAUGGUGUAUGACGAUGUAGUCCAGAUAGUCUCAGGAUUUCAAGGUGCACGGACUCAGCCACAAGUUCACUUUCAGAGAAGAUCUGUGAAAUUACCAGAAAACACUAGCUACAGUGAUUUGACAGCCUAUCUGACUGCAGCCAGUUCACCCUGGGAAGUGGACAGUUUUCCUCAUUUGCAGGGAUUAGAUGGAAAUGGAACAG